CUCUCCUAACCCUUUCGUGAUUACGUAGAGCCCUAGAAGGAUCUUCAAAUGCUGCGAUAUCUCCGUCUUCCUACCGAAGCAUCGAAAGAGUGCAAACAAUCUCCCAUCCGGUCUGUCCUGACCUCCUCCGUCCUUCGAAUCAACAGACUCACCAUUGGUUUCAUGACUACCGCAACUCUCCACCUUCGCCCAGGGUUGAUCCAAUCCCUGAGAGCCAGUUCUCAACCCCACGUUUCCAGGAGAGCAUCGGUUCGCCAUUCCCUGUCUCUUGGACCUGGUUCCUUUAACAAGCACAUUGGUCCGGAAAUUAGCUUGCGGAGACGCGAUCCGCGAAGUUCUUUGCUUCCUGUUGCGGCGGCUGUUGAAGAGGUAUUUUUUCAAGCUCAAGGUAUUCAG